AUGAGUAACAACACUGUGACCGGGAGGACCAUGAUCCCCACUAUACCGUCCAUCAUGUUUAUUUUCGGUGUGGUGGGAAAUCUCAUUGCCAUCGUGGUGCUCUGCAAGUCCAGGAAAGAACAGAAGGAGACCACGUUCUACACGCUGGUAUGCGGUCUGGCGGUUACAGACCUUUUGGGGACACUCCUGGCCAGUCCUGUCACCAUCGCGACCUAUGUGAAAGGCUCGUGGCCAGGCGGGGAACCACUGUGCCAGUAUUUUGGAUUCAUCAUGCUUUUCUUCUCUCUAGCGGGGCUCAGCAUUAUAUGCGCCAUGUCGGUGGAGAGAUACUUGGCGAUAAACCACGCGUAUUUCUACAACGACUAUGUGGAUCAGAGACUGGCGGGCUUGACGCUUCUGGCUAUCUACAUCUCCAACGUGCUUUUCUGCUCUCUGCCUAGCGUGGGUCUGGGACAAGUCAAAAAGCAGUACCCACAAACCUGGUGCUUCAUAGAGUGGCGGAGCAACGUCAGUACGGAUGCCGCCUUUUCAUAUAUGUACGCGGGAUUCAGUUCGAUUCUAAUUCUAGCCACGGUGAUCUGUAACGUUCUGGUAUGCGGUGCUCUGAUCCGGAUGCACCAGCGGUUUGUUCGGAAGAUGUCGUUGUGGAUAGACCCGGGACGAAACACAGACCCGAGAAGGAGACGCAGCUUCGGGCAUCUGGCCGGCGCAGAGAUCCAGAUGGUGAUUGUACUCAUCUGCACCUCAGCGGUGGUGCUUAUAUGCUCCAUUCCACUUGUUGUAAGUUUCUCUUCUCACUUUGUGAACCAUUUUAUAAAUUGUUCCUAUUCACAGAAAGACCAUUUUAAAAUCUUUAUGCACACGAUUUAAAUGUACGCACGAGUUUAUAUUUUAUGCACAUUGUGAAUGUAUGUAAGAGUCAGUUGUUUCCUCCGUGAAUUGUUGUUAGUCCCAACAUGCCAUUAGAAUGGUUUUCUCAUAGCUUAUGUACAUAGUCGUGUAAUAAGUGUACAAAACAUUAGGAACAACUACUCUUUCCAUGACAUAGACUGGGCAAGCAUCCCUGUGGAAAGCUUUCGACACGUUGUAGUCCAUGCCCCGACGGAUUGAGGCUGUUCUGAUGACAAAAGGGGGUGCAACUCAAUAUUAGGAAGGUGUUCCUAAUGUUCGUACACUCUGUGUACACUGAGUGUACAAAACAUUAAGGUCACCAUCCUAAUAUUGAAUUGCACCUGCCCCGUUUGUCCUCAGAACAGCCUCAAUUCGUCGAGGUAUGGACUCUACAAGGUGUCGAAAGCUGGAUGUCCUUUGGGUGGUGGACCAUUCUUGAUACACACGGGAAACUGUUGAGCGUGAAAAACCCAGCAGUGUUGCAGUUCUUUACACAAACCGGUCACCUGGCACCUACUACCAAACCCCAUUCAAAGGCACUUCAAUCUUUUGUCUUGCCCAUUCACCCACUGAAUGACACAUAUACACAAUCCAUGUCUGAAUUGUCUCAAGGCAUACAAAUCCUUAUUUAGCCUGUCUCCUCCCCUUCAUCUACAAAUUGUAUAACUGCCUUAUUUUAGCUGAACCCCAGGAAGAGUAGCUGCUGCCUAGGCAGUAGCUAAUGGGGAUCCAUAAUAAAUACAAAUACAAAUCUAGACUGAAUGAAGUGGAUUGAACAAGUGACAUCAAUAAGGGAUCAUAGCUUUCACCUGGAUUCACCUGGUCAGUCUAUGUCACUCAGGACCUGGUCAGUCUAUGUCACUCAUGCCUUAGUCAUGGAAUUGCUUAUUCUGCUUUGUGUACUAUCACUGACUUUGCUGAUAAAUACUUUUUUGAGGGAAAAUGUACUUGAUACGAUUGUGAUGUGUUGUUGUCUCACCUAGCUAUCUUAAGAUGAAUGCACUAAUUGUAAGUCGCUCUGGAUAAGAGUGUCUGCUAAAUGACUCAUUUUUUAAAUAUCACACAUGUGCGCACACACACAUGCACACACACACACACACAAAUAAGCAUAAUUAGUUGUGUGUGGUGUGUGUGUUAGUUGUGUAUGUUUAUACUGAGUGCCACACCUGACAUUCCCCUUUGGCAAAAUUUAAUCCGAUUAAAUUCAAUUUCUCUUGCAGGUGUAGGUGUCCAAAAGCUGUAUAAAAACAUAAGCGUCAAUUCAAUUCAGCAAGGCAAAACAAAAUUAUUCAAUUCCAUUAAUUCCCUCUCUCUUGCAGGUGCAGGUGUUUCUGAACCAGAUUUAUAAGACUCCGGUGGAGCUGAGACUGGAGAAGAACCCAGAUCUACGGGCGAUCCGCUUCGCCUCCUUCAACCCCAUCCUGGACCCCUGGAUCUACAUCCUCCUCCGCAAGGCCGUGCUCCUCAAGCUCAUUGAGCAGAUCAAGUGUCUGUUCUGUAAGAUAGGAGCACGGAGGCAGCAGAGACAGGGAGCACACAAUUGCCACUACAUGGAUGAACACCAGCUCCACUCAAUCAUCUCUUCACAAGAGUCACCCUCAAUGGUGUCCCGCGAGCUGAAGGAGGUGUCCAGCACCUCUCAGGCCGUCCUCUACCUGCCUGAUGGAAGCUGUCAUCACACAGGAGAGCAGGUUGGGUUUCCGCACUUCCUUAGUCCAAGACCCCCAAAGUUCUUAUUCGUCAGAACAGAGCCGUACAGAGGAUGGGAGGAGAGAGGUGACAAACCUAACCAGGGACCACUCUGGUAUGGGAGGAAAGACCACUCAGUCAUGUGUGAAAGACCAGGCUCUUCAUGUGUUGCUAAGCAAUGA